AUGGGUGUGGUCAAGAUACACCAAGCCAUAAAAGCUGACAAGCGACACUUCGGACACCUUUAUGUUAGGAUGCUACUGUGUGGUGUUUUUUCUCUAAUCCUCCUCCUUCGUGUCACGCUAGCCGAAGAAUGCGGAUAUGAUCUCUGUCCUCCGACUAAGGAAGAUCACAUCAACGUCCACAUCAUACCGCACACCCAUGAUGAUGUUGGAUGGUUGAAAAAUAUCGACCAGUACUACUUCGGUGAUGUUAAAUGGUACCAAACGGCCGCAGUGCAAUAUAUUCUCGACUCGGUGAUGCAUGCGCUUUCGUUGAAUCCGUCUCGCAAGUUUACCUACGUGGAGAUGGCAUUCUUCGAACGCUGGUGGCGUCUGCAGAACGCGGCAAUGCAAGAACUCGUCCAUCGCCUUGUUCGAAACGGGCAGCUGGAAUUCGCUUUGGGUGGUUGGUCUAUGAACGACGAAGCGGUGGUCCACUACAGUGAUUCCGUGGACCAGUUAACUCGAGGUUUGGCAUUCCUUAAUGCCACCUUCGGUGAUUGCGGAAGGCCUAGGGUGGCAUGGCAGAUUGAUCCCUUCGGUCAUGCCAGGCAACAGGCACGCAUUUUCAUGGAUGCCGGUUUCGAUGGAGUCUUCUUCCAACGCAUGGAUUAUCGCGAAAAACGCCGACGACUCAAGGAUAGGGAGAUGGAGGUUUUGUGGAAAGCUGAUCCCACAGAUAACACAACCGGUCUCUUCACACAUAUGCUUUAUCAAAGCUACUGCUCACCACCCGGUUUCUGUUUCGACUCCAAAUGCGACGACCCCCCAAUGAUUGUGGAUCCAUUUGCGACUAACUACAAUGUUCCUUCGAGAGUAAGACAGUUCUUGGAAUACGUGGGAAUGGUUGCCAAGAGCUAUGCUACUAACCAUAUCUUCGUGCCCAUGGGAUGUGAUUUCACUUAUGAGAACGCUAAUGAGAAUUUCAUUAAUUUGGACCGGCUUAUCGAGCAUGUAAAUGCACAUCAGAGCCACGAAGCAAUGCGACCCACCCCCUGGACGUCAUCGACACCACCGAUGCACCUGCUCUAUUCCAGUCCAGCCUGCUACACCAAGUCAGUUAAUGAAGCAUUCAGGAAAAGGGGCAUGAUGCCUCAAAGAGAAGGCGACUUUUUUCCCUACGCAAGCGCUUCUAACACCUUCUGGACUGGAUUCUACACCAGUAGACCCACCCAAAAGUUUAUGGUCCGACAAGCAUCUUCGCUGCUCGCAGCCUGCGAACAGCACCUCGAGGUACCCAAAAGUGGGGCGCAAUUGAUUGGUGAAAGGACAAAGUCAUCAAUUAUACCCGCGGAGGUGGUGCGCACGUUGUCGUGA